GCUUUCUCCAGGGCUGGGAUGAACAACUUGAACAGAAACUCAUUGCCGGGUGCCUCCCCCACCGUGCAAGCUGCCUCUGAUUCCCAGGUUCACCGUCCUCUCCUGGGACCCUGAGGACACACAAAGCCAGGCAUUGCCCUCCGCUGAGAGCCAGGCUGCAGACGGAUGCUGAGAACAGGAAGGGCGUGUGAGGACCGCUUUGGCUUCACCCCUGCCUCUAACUGUUGCGGGUACCGGGUGCCCAGUCCCGAGGAGCCGUGACAAUGGAGGCUCUCCCCAGGGCCCUGGAGGUCGAGGAGAAGUCUCCGGAAUCCAAGGACCUGCUGCCCAGCCAGACCGCCAGCUCCCUGUGCAUCAGCUCCAGAAGUGAGUCUGUCUGGACCGCCACCCCCAGGAGUAACUGGGAAAUCUACCGUAAACCCAUCGUCAUCAUGUCGGUGGGGGGCGCCAUCCUGCUCUUCGGCGUGGUCAUCACCUGCCUGGCCUACACCCUGCACCUGGGCAACAACAGCCUUAAGGUCCUUAAGAUGAUAGGGCCCGCCUUCCUGUCGCUGGGACUCAUGAUGCUGGUGUGCGGGCUGGUGUGGGUGCCCAUCAUCAAAAAGAAACAGAAGCAGAGACAGAAGUCCGUUUUCUUCCAGAGCCUCAAGUCCUUCUUCCUGAAUCGCUGAUGGCGGCCAACAGCUCGGUUCUCCCUGUCGCCCCGCCCCCUCCACCGGGAGGAGAUUGACAAGGACAUCAACAGCCCCAUCUUCUUGGGGGUGGGGCUAGCCAGAAAGCAGACCAGCGAAGCCUCUUCCUGGCCCUGCGGGGAAGAGCUCAGGGCUCCGAGUGCAGCUGGAGGGGGCUGCUGGCUGUGUCUCAUUUAGGCUCUCUGUAACUGCCCUGCCCCCCCUUAGACGCUGGCCGCAGGCAU